AUGGCAAGACGGCUGAAAUUAAAAUUUGUGUCGUCUAAGAAGAAAUUUUCUACAGCUCAUUCUCUUGAAAAAACCCUUUCCAGUCAAGGAGUUAGUAAAAAAUUAUCUUCUUUUAUUCAACGCCAGGUAACAUUGAAUACCCAGAAAACAAAAAAGAGACGUUUUACGCAUUCAGAUAAAAUCGAUGCCUACCGCAUCUACAGCAAAAGUCGGGCAGCAGCUUAUCGUGUUUUGAAAGAGUUCCUUGAACUUCCAGCUGAACGAACUCUUCAACGUUUUGUCUCAUCAAAAUUGUCAUGUACAGGAAUCAGUGCAGAUAUCAUAUCAGCACUAAAACAAGUUUUACAAAAUAAGGAAAAUCACGAAAGAAUGUUUGCAUUGAUCUUUGAUGAGAUGUCAUUGAAACCCUGUCUAGUGCAUGAUAAACAAAAUGAUCGCAUAGUUGGAUUUGAGGACUUAGGUGGUUUUCCCAGUGAUUCAAUUGCAAAUCAUGUACUAGUAUUAAUGCUGAGAAGUUUAACCAGCAAGAAGAAACUUCCACUUGGAUUUUACUUCUCCAACCAUGCAAUAAAUGCAGAAAGACUGAGAGAAAUACUCACAGAAGCUUUAACAAAAUUAUCGGAUGCUAAUGCCGUAGUUAAAGCUCUGGUUUGUGACCAGGGGGGAAAUAAUAGUAGGUUGUUUAGAAUUUUAGGAGUGGAUUCUCUUAAACCAUUCUUUGAUUUUAAUGGACAGACUAUUUAUUGUUUGUUUGAUCCACCACAUCUUUUGAAAAAUUUGAGGAGGAAUCUUAUGAAGUAUGACCUGCAGACAAGUAAAGGAUUCGUAUCUUUCAAAUACAUUCGAGACUUCCAUGAAGUAGAUAAAACACUGCUUAUCCGCUGUGCACCGAAAAUGACUGAUGCACACUUAAAUACAAUGGGAUUAAACUCCAUGAAAGUUGCUCUUGCUGCACAAGUGUUCAGCCACACAGUAGCAGCAGGAAUGAACCUGUGUAUUUUGUCUGGACUGGACUGA